AUGUAUUUGCAGAGCAUCAGUAUUAAUCAGCCUCAGCCAUCUGUGAGUACAAGUUUGGAUAAAUACACUGAUCCUUUCACAGUAGGACCGGAACUGUCGUUUAAAUAUUACAAUAGUUACGUCACAAUUUUCUAUAUGUACGCUGAUGGUGCCAUAGUUAUAGGCGAAGAAAAAUACCUUGGAUAUAUUGAAGCUUUUGGAGCAAAGAAUAUAUAUCCUGUAUUUCAGAUUUUGAAUAAGAAGGAAUUAUUUGCUGUCAGAUGGUUUAUUGAUGAAAGCGUUGAUGGUAAAC